CGUAACUCUACGGUCUUGGGCCUGCACCUCUCCAACCCACCGAAUUCCCCACCCAAACUUCCGACAGCAAUAAUGAUACGCAAACAAGCUCGCGAGCGUCGCGACUACCUCUAUCGCCGCGCCCUCACACUUCGGGAUGCAGAACUCGCCUCAAAGCGCGCAGCGCUGAAGGCCUCCCUCGCCUCGGGCAAGCCUUUGGACAAGGGAGUUGCAGACGACACCACGCUACGACAAGACUACAAAUACGACGAAUCGCGGGCAGACCGAACAGCAGAAGAAGAGCUGGGACUAGACGAUGAAUACGCACAGUUGAGCGGUGUCGUAGAUCCCAGGGUUCUGGUGACAACGAGUCGAGAUCCGAGUUCAAGAUUAGGGACGUUCGCGAAGGAAAUACGAUUACUGCUACCCACGGCUGUCCGUUUGAAUCGAGGCAAUCUCGUUCUGCAGAACCUCGUGGGAAGCGCGAACUCAGCUGGCCUUAGCGAUAUUAUACUACUCCAUGAACAUCGUGGAACUCCUACGGCACUUACGGUCUCUCAUGCUCCACAUGGCCCGACCGCAAGCUUCAGUCUACAUAACGUGGUGUUAAGGGGGGACAUACCAAAUUCCGCGAGGGGCACGGUUUCAGAAAGUUAUCCGCAUUUGAUCUUCGAGGGCUUCUCUACCAAACUUGGGGAGAGAGUGGUGCAGAUUCUGAAGCACCUAUUCCCACCACGGGAAGCAAAUGCAAAAGUAGGAAAUACCCCCAUAACUUUUAAGAACAUUGAAGACACAAUCGAAGUACGCCACCACGUCUUCGUCAAGACCGGCUACCAAGCCGUCGAGCUGGCUGAAGUAGGACCUCGCAUGAGCAUGCGGUUAUUCGAGAUAAGAGCUGGUACGCUAGAUAAUAAGGAGGGCGAUGUCGAGUGGCAUCUCAACCAAUAUACGAGAACAGGAAGAAAGAAGGAGUAUUUGUAGAGUAUGUUUAGGGGCACGAGAUCUGACAUUGAUAAUUGAUGGAACAAAAGAAGGGCUUACAUCACGGCAGAGUGGUGGUUGCGUUUCCGAAGCAGAGAGUUGCUUUUGUGCGAGCCCCAAAGUCACGUACGUGGUUCUGAAGCAGAUGCAAGUGCAUAUAAGCCUCGAGACUAUCAAAAAUCCUCCCGCUCACCUUUUGCGAGAAUCGGAAGGACCACUGGUUGCAACGCAAGUAAUUAGUAACAUAUACCCCAAGCAAUCAAGACUGAAAUUGACUGCGGAG